CACACUCGUCUGCAGUGUGAAAGGUCAGAGGCCGUAGAGGGGUCGUGUUUGGCUUUAUUUUCAUUUCGUAAACAAUGGCCUCCAUACGUUGGUUAACGUGUAGGCGGCUUGUUUCUCCGUUGGCUCAGAUUUUGCGGCGGUCGGUACCGGCUCCGGCACGCUCCGUUCACCGGGCGACUGCGCGCCGCGCGGCCGAGAAAAACCCGCUGAGCCGAGCACGAGUACCGGAGCAACAGCACAUCACUGAGCUGGAUAAAGCAGAUGCGCUGAUGCUGAGGAAGUCUCAUGAAACCGGAUUUUUAUCAUGGUUUCGCAACGGUUUGUUGGCGACAGGGAUUGGAGUUAUAGCUUUUGUACAGAGUGAUGUGGGCAGAGAGGCUGGAUAUGCAUUCUUCAUCCUGGGCGGAGUGUGCGUGUCAUUCGGUGGUGCGUCAUACGUGGGCAGUCUUCUGUCUUUACGGAGGAUAAUGCUUCUUUCUUUACCUGCCGUGCUGCUCCACACAGGUGUGGUGUCCAGCGUGGCCCUCUUCUGGCUGUGUGCGGUAUCGCUCUAUAUCGGCCGACUGGAGGUGGAGAUUAUCCACGAUGAGGAUGAGGACGAGCACGAGCACGGGAGAAAUGAAGGUGGGGAGUGUGCCGACUGCAGGGCCAGACGCGAAAGACGCGGCCCUGAAGAAAAAGGCCAAGAGAAGUGAAGAAGAGGAGAACAUUUUACACUGACCUAGGACCAGAACUUUAUUUUCACAGUCUAUUAAAACUGCUUUACUCAGGUCUCAGGUCAGCGUAGAGCGGCGGUUUCUAUCAACAAUACUUUGCAGUACUCUAAUACUCGAGAUGUUGAUUUGAGUGACUUGUGGUGUGUGUUAUUCAACAUGAGCUCUUAAACGCGGGCUGUCCCAUUGGUUUUUUACGGGUCAUUGCCAUACAUGUAUAUUUUUGUUGUUAUAUUCUCUGGUUGUGGGAUAUGAGCGCUAAAACAUGAAAGUGAGAGUUUCGACAAUCAGGUGUUUAUUUGUCAGACUGUUUUAAAGAGACAUGCGCACAAUUUUCAAAAGUGACAUGUUUCACAAAUAAACAGUUUCUUAAAGUUCUGUUGUCGUUUACUCAUUAGACAUUUCAUUUAUAUCCUGCACGAUGUAAAAAAAAUAUCUUUUCCAUACAAUAAAAGUGGAUGGAGAGCAGACGAGCUGUAGUCACCAUUUGCUUUCAUUGUAUGUGAAAACCUAAAAAGUGAGUAAAUGACAACAGAAUUGUCUUUGCUGGUUGAACUAUUUAUUUUGAUUAUGUUUUAUCAUCUUACAUCAGCACAUAAAACCAGUUUGUUCCAUUGUUAUUAGCAAGCUGAUCUAUUUAAGUCCUGCUCAGGUUGAGGUUCAAUGUAAUGUGAUUGGCUCAUGUCUGUCACGAUUCCGUUCGGAAUUUUCUACGCUGGUCUACUCCAUAAAAUCACGCCUUCCAGAUUUGAUUGGAAGCGACGGAUUCUCCACGGAACCAUUUUCAAAGGUUAGAUUAGAUAGCUUGACAUCUUCAUUUCCUAUCUCAUAGAUUUUCACCCAGGGAAAAUUGAUGCAGAACAAUCUGAUCUGUUCAUUUAUGCAUGAAUCCAAGUUGUACAUGUUGUUAUUACCUUUUUAUUUACAGCACGCGGUCUUUAAUGCAUAGAUAAUCUCGUGAUUUGAGAUGUAGAGUCAGGUGUGUGUGUGUGGCUUCACACACGUACACUCACUCUAUGAGAGUGUUUGGUUGGAGUGUUUCUACUCCUGUGUAUGUUUACGUUUCAUGAUCACAUAUCACAUUGAGUUCUUGGAGUGUGAUAUCAUCUUCUACAUGCUGAAUAGUUUCUCUGUUCAAAGCGUUAUGCUGGAUUUUGAGAAAGAAAUUGUGAGAGAGUCCUUUCCCAUAUUAAACUGUUGUCAAUGAGUUGUUUUUUUCUUGUCUGUAGACUUGGAAAAUCUUUACGCUUCAAACAAGUUGUAGAGCGUCAUCUGUUGAUAAGACCAGUCUCAGUUUAUAAAAACCAAGUGCUGUGGGGCAAAACAUACACUAUGAAGUAUAAAAAUUCCUGUCUUGACACUUUAUUAAUUUUCUUAAUAAAUGCAUUAGCUAACCUCAACUAACAAUAAACAAUACAGUUUUUCAGCAUUUAUUAAUCGUUAAAAGCCAAAACUAUUCUUCGUGUUAUUCAUGCAUGCAUUCAUUUAUGUUAAAAAGUUAAAACUUUUGAUUUAAAAAAUGUAUUCGUGAAUGCCGACAUGAACUAUGAGUAACAAUACUGUAGGAGCAUUGAUCACUGUUAGUUCAUGUUAGCUGAUGUAUUCAUGCAUUCCCAAAUGCAACCUUAUUGUAAAGUGUUACCAAUGUUUCAGAAUGACUUUUAACGUACCAAAAUUAUAAUUAAUAGAAUUAUUGUGUAACAAUUUUCCAACAGUCUUGUGUUUGUGCUUUAUGUUUUAUACAUUAUAAUUGUUUAAUUUCUAGCAACAUAGUUUUCUUUAUAAUUUGUUGCAAUAUAAUCUUGUACUCGAUGCUAAUAUGCUCAAUAGCAGCAUUUUAUUAAAACACUACAAAGGAUGUUUUAUUCAUGAUAAUUCACAGUUAGUACCUUAUGUUUUAACCAUUUUAUAAAAGCAAAAAUGCACCCAUUCUUGAGUGAAUAGUCAUAGGUUGCAUUGUGUCUAUUAGUGACCUUUAUCACAAUAGAGCAUAUGGCCUGCAGUAUAAACAAGUGUAGGCAACAUUUUGAUAAUUGAUAGUC